AUGGUUUUUGCUAUAUUGUUUUUUUCUUUUUAUUCAACCUCUACAAUAACUUCAUCAAUCUCUACAACUCAUUCAACUCGUCUUUUUGAGCGAUCAAUGAACGCUAAUGAAACUGUUGCAGAUUAUAUAAUUCCAUCAAAAUCAUUCUUUGAAUAUCAUGCAGAGUAUAUUGGAAGAAUAUUUGCAUGGGCUUGUACUAUAUUGUAUUUGACAAGUAGAAUGCCUCAGAUAUGGAAAAAUAAUCGUGAUUACCUUGAAUUAAAUAAAGAAAAUGUUGAUAGUGUUGAGUAUAGUAGAUUACCGCUUAGCGACGGUGGAUUCAUUAGUAUUGAUGGAAAUGAUGAAAUUUAA